GUCUUUUUUCUCUUCAAUGUUGUUGGUUCAGCUACUGAUGCUGCUACCAGCCUUCAUUGUUGCAUCCACACAGCCUCAAAUGUCUCAAACUUAUAUCAUCCACAUGGACCAUUCCUCAAAACCUGACCACUUCUCAGACCACGAGUCAUGGCAUCAACACACUGUAAACUCCGUUUCAUUGACUUGUCGUGAAGAUAAAGAGCCAUUUCUCUACUCUUAUACACAUGUCAUGCAUGGGUUCAGUGCUAAGCUCACCCCUUGUCAACUAACAGAGGUCGAGAAGUCUCCUGCUCAUGUUGCCACUUACAAAGAGUCAUUCGGCAAGCUGUUCACCACCCAUUCGCCGGAGUUUCUUGGACUGAAACGCAGUUCCGGCAUAUGGCCAACCGCUUCAUACGGGAAAGACGUGAUUAUAGGAGUAAUCGACACCGGAAUUUGGCCGGAAAGUGAGAGCUUUAGCGAUAAAGGGAUGUCUAAAGUACCGGCAAGAUGGAAAGGGAAGUGCGAGAAUGGCACAGCUUUCAUCCCGUCGCUUUGCAACAAGAAACUCAUCGGAGCUCGAUCUUUUAGCAAAGGGCUCCAGGCAGCAGGUAUUAAUAUCUCCACUGAGUACGACUUUGACUCAGCUAGAGACUUCAUGGGUCAUGGGACCCACACAUCAUCCACAGCUGCAGGUAGCUAUGUCUUCGGUGCGAGUCACUUCGGUUAUGCAAAAGGAGCAGCGAGAGGCAUAGCACCAAGCGCACAUGUCGCCAUGUACAAAGUCCUCUGGUCAUCUGACACAUUCGCAUCCGCAGCUACUGACAUUCUAGCUGGCAUGGAUCAAGCAAUUUCCGAUGGGGUCGAUAUAAUGUCAAUAUCUCUAGGGUUAGGUCAAACACCCUACUACGAGGAUGUAAUUGCCAUUGCAUCACUUUCAGCCAUAGAGAAAGGGAUAGUUGUAGUUUGUGCAGCUGGAAACGAAGGACCAAGUUCAAGUUCAAUAUACAACGGUGCACCAUGGAUCAUGACCGUAGGUGCAGGGACCAUUGACCGGAGUUACCUAGCCACAUUGGAGCUCGGAAAUGGGUUGAAAUUCGAAGGGACGUCUUACUUUCCACAACGCGUUUCUAUAACCAAUACACUAUUGUACUUUGGACGCGAUGAUCCGAAGAAAUCCGGAUGUGUAUCUCUGAGUAGAACCGAAGUCAUGGAAAAAGUAGUAGUGUGUGACACCACCAACCUGACGGAUCUUUAUGGGCAAAUGGAAGUAGUAAGCAACGCAGGUGCAUACGGUGCAAUUUUCUUGACAGAAUCAUUGUUUCUUGAUCCGGAGGACUAUUCCAUUCCAGGCAUAUUGUUGCCUACUCGAUACGGAAACGAAAUAAUGGAAUACGCAUGGAGAAACACAUCGAUUGUGAAAAGUAUGCAAUUUGUGUCAACGAAAACAGGCUCCGGACCAGCACCCGAAGUUGCAUAUUUCUCUUCCAGAGGACCUGAUCCUAUCAGCCCACACAUUCUAAAGCCUGAUAUUCUUGCUCCUGGAGUAGAUGUGCUUGCAGCAGUGAGACCAGAUGUGCCUUUCAUGGACGCUGGAGGCUAUGACUUGCUAACAGAUUAUGCUCUUUACUCUGGUACAUCAAUGGCAGCUCCACACGUGGCUGGAGUUGCAGCGUUGGUGAAAGCUGUUCAUCGUGACUGGAGUCCAGCAGCUAUCCGGUCAGCUAUAAUGACAACUGCAACCAAAGGAGACAAUAAACUAGGAACUAUUCAUGACCAAUGGAACGGACUCACGGCUACACCAUUAGGGUUUGGGGCAGGCCACGUUAACCCUAACGGAGCCAUGGACCCUGGACUUAUCUAUGAUUUGGAUACACAAGAUUAUAUUCAGUUUUUAUGUGAUCUUGGAUACAAUGAAACACAAAUGGGUGCUGUUAUAAGAAGAAGUCGAUGGGGUUGCCAUAUUAACCAUACAGAUCUUAACUACCCUUCGUUUAUCGCCAGUUUCAACCAAACCACUUCUCUAUCAGAAAAGCAGUUCACCAGGACCUUAACAAAUGUUGGAGUUCCUGGAUCCACCUACUGGGCUUCUCUAGAGAUUCCUUCUGGAAUGAUAGUCAGCGUGGAGCCUAAUACCAUCAAAUUUGCUAGCAAAUAUCAGAAGCAGAAGUUUGUACUGAGCAUAAAAGUGGACAAAAACGCUCCAAAAGUUAACUAUGGUUAUCUCAAAUGGAUCGAUGACAAUAACCACACGGUGUCUAGCCCUAUCGUUGUCACCAGUUAUUGAUAUAAGUU